CGUUCUGAGUACCCAACUUUGAUYCAAUGCGGAGUUCCUAGAAAGUACUGCGAGUGGCCGGGAUUGCCAUCUUGUUUUUCUUCAUCAUGACAUUAACACUUUGUCUAUCCAAUUCACUAUUACUGCUAAUUUUAAUAUUGAUCCAAAUGAAUGUUUUAUCAGCCAAAUAUACCUGUGAACGGCUAGAGAAACGAACUUGUUUAGGAGAACCUCUCGACUUCCAAUACACCAGCACAGAUCUUGUUUCUGACUCCAAAAAUCAGAAAGAAGUUCGAGACAAUCUCCGUCGAUGGGAAGGUCUACGGUUUCUACCCAAGUGUUGGUCCGUUCUUCAGCCAUUUCUGUGCGAAGUUUAUGUUCCUAAAUGUGAGAAUUCUACCGUGAAGUUGCCUUGUCAAGAACAGUGCUUAGCUACUCGUAAACCGUGUUCUGUGGUUGAACGCUACUACGCCGGACAAUGGCCAGAGUUUUUAAAAUGUGAGAAAUUCCCAAAGGCAGGCUGUAAUGGAACGAUCAAGAAGCUUAUACUUAACGAGUCAGCUUGUCGGGCUCCAUUAGUAGAGACAGAACAUGAGGCAAGCUGGUAUGAAGGCAUUGUGGGUUGUGGUAUACAAUGCAGGAACCCCAUCUUCUCUGAAGAAGAACACACGAGAAUUCACAGAUUUGUUGGAGGAUUUGGAGCACUUACUACACUAUGUACUCUUUUUACUAUAGUAACGUUUCUGAUUGGUUGGAAGACUCAGUACCGAUAUCCAUCCGCGAUCCUGUUCUUCAUGAAUGGUUGUUUCUGUGUCGCGUCCAUUGGAUUCUUGAUUCAAUUUAGUGAAGGAGCGAGAGAUCGUGUCGUUUGUCGUAAGGACGACACAAUGAGAUUAGGAGAACCAAGCGAAGAAGACAGUUUCCUGUGUCUUCUUACCUUUGUUCUGGUCUAUUAUUUCUCUAUGGCUGGUCUUGYCUGGUUUGUCAUGUUGGCCUAUUCCUGGUGUAUCUCAUUCAAGUCUCUGGGCAGCACUAGGGAUAACUUUGUGGGCAAGACGUUGUAUUUUCACGCUAUUUCUUGGAUUAUCCCCGCCUGUCUCACUGCAUGUGUUCUGCUGUUAAGAGGGGUUGAUGCGAAUUCUAUCAGUGGUAUUUGCUUUGUUGGUUACGAGAACGCCAACAUGAGAGCUGGCUUUCUCCUUGGCCCUCUGGGACUAAACCUUACUAUCGGAGGCUUUUUUCUUGUCAAAGGUAUAAUCGCACUGUUUAGACUUCGAAAGUCUAACCCAAACCUACUGAACAGCAGAGCGUCAAUGAAAAUCAAAGAAACCAUAAUAAGAGUUGGAAUAUUCGCAUUCGUUGCCUUUGCUUUUGGAUUCAUCACAUUCGCAUGUCAUCUGUACGAAUACCACAAUCUACAGGAUUGGGAGCAGAGUUUCAGGACGUACCUUCAUUGUGUAGCAGACAAGGAAGUCAAGGGUAAAGCCAACACGUGCGUGGUCGGUGAGCGAGCGAACUUAGGUGUCAUUGAGUUAGGAUUAUCAUCACUAUUCGGCGCAGGGAUCGCCAUGAGUAGUUGGACGUGGACUUCGCAUACUUUUAAGACGUGGAAGAAAUUAUGGCACAGAAUAACCAAAAAGCCAAGAUAUCCUGAUCUUAGUCAUUACAGAAUUAUACAAAGAAUGAGAAAAAAUAGAGUAGGUCCUCCUGCCCAAGCAGCUGUUCUCUUCAAACAUGAACCCAGGCUUGCAGCAGCAAUUACAAAAGCAGAAGAAAAUUGGAAACGUAGGAGGAGUAAGCAAACAGAAGCACAGACUUUACAGCUAGUCUCUGUUUGGUCAGAGAGCACAGCCCAGGUUGAUCCUGCACAACAGACAGCACCUUCAACACAAGAAGAGAARCCAAGCACAAAAGGAACUACAGAACACCUUAGUAAAAUAAACCUAAAAGAAACUAGUUUUACUCCAAAAACAUCAUCUUAGGAAUUUAUGAAAUUUUAAAUCCUAAAAGACCUUUCUAGCUCGAGUAUAAUGGUUUUCCAUUUCAAACCAUGRCAUUCUUUUGAGAAUAAGACUCUUUGUAUCCAUAUUCAUGUGUCAUCUCAUGCACAACUGUUAAACUGAAAAAUGAUACUCUAGGGAAU